UGGUUCCUUACUGAGCCCCAGUCAUCAUCAAGGCUAUGCAUAGCACUGUCCGCAGUGCCAAUGAAGCAGCAACCAGGAUCACGAACAUAUGCAGUCACCAAUCACAAGGCGCCUCAAGUUUCCGUUUUUGUCCUUUUUUCUGUGUUAUAUCGAUUCAACAGCGCCCGUUCAAGAUGAUCACAGAUUUUCAGAAUGUGUGGGAAGCUCGGUCACGCGUGUGUCAACAAUCGCAUAACAGUUUGAUCUUUGUUUCAGAGAUGUCUUAUGUCUCAGAGGUUGCGGAUUUGCAGAUAUCCAAGUACACCAAUAUUGGUAGUCUUGCAAUUCUCGUAUUUGAUUACUGCAUCACGUUUCAGGAUGAGGUACGCUGGACCUGGUCCAGGCCAUGGGGUUUAAUUCGUGUCGUCUUCACUAUUUCUCGAUAUCUCCCUUUCGUAGGCUCUGGAUUGACUGCAUAUGCUGCACUACGUGUCGGUGGUCCAUGCCCCCCUAGUUUGGCGGAAAAUAUUAUUCAUAUUUUAAGUAUCGUUGCUGCGGAAGGCCUGCUAGUUAUUCGGACCUGGGCAUUCUGGCAAAAGAGCAAAAAAAUGCUGAUUGGAUUAUUGAUUUAUAGCACCGCCACAGUAAUUGGCGCCGUUGCUAUGAAUGUCCUUCCUAAUCACCAGUUGAUUUCAACAGAUGUAUCUAUGAUACCCGGCCCAUGCGGCUUUGAGUCGUCAAGAAACUCUGCACUGGUAUAUACUAUAUUGGCACUUUUCGAAUGUGUGAUACUAGCCCUUACUGCGUAUAAGUGGUUCCGCGACUACCGAGACUCGGAAAUUCAGAGCUCGAUCGUAACCACCGUCUACGGCGGUAGCAUGCUUUAUAUGCUAUGUAUCAUCGCCAUCACAGUGACCAACGUGGUUGUCGAUGCAGCAUUUCCGGUUGGCUUCACAAAUCUGUUUGAUACGCUACAACUUGUCAUUCAUAGCGUCCUAGCCUCGCGGAUUCUAUUCCACCUUCGGAGCAGCGACAGUCAUGCCCAUGAGACAGAUAUACCAUUGAUUUCGGCUCCCCGCUACGGACAACCUUCGCAAAUACAGACGAAGGAGAUCAAAGAUGAAACUAAUGAAGUUUGAGGCGACUCGGAGCUUAGCGGUUUGUGCUCGGAAUUGGACACGAUUGUGUUGAGUAGCCCUCUUUGGUUGUGACUACGAAUGCGCAGUAUAUGAACAAUUUUAUGACGAUGCAUAGGUAGAAACCAGUCCAUGAGCAGGCGCUCUUGCGGUAUUAAUGAGAGGAAAGGUAGAGGUAGACGCCUUGAGAUUUCAUCUCGGCUCGGUCAAGAACCACACCGUCUAUGAGGGAGAGCUCGUAGGGAUGAUAUUAGCGGUAGAGCUGCUGAGGAGAGAAGCAGGCAGGAAGGACUCGAUGGCACUAGGCGUGGACAACCAAGCAGCAAUUUUAGCGACGCAGGCCUUCAAUUCAAAGCCAGGGCAUUACCUGAUGGAUAUCCUUCACGACGACCUAAGAAUCGUCAUUCCAGAAUUUGACCGACGGAAAC